UCUUCCUCUGUCAUUUUAUAGCGAAUGCUUUCAGUCAGAAGAUCGAGAGGGUCCACAAAUGUGGAAUCCUAUGGGGCUUUCUUGCAGGGGCAGGUGGGCUGGUGAUAUUCCAUCUACAUUAUUUUGUUGACAUCUUGAUCUUCUGUGAAUCUAAUGAACAACUAGUAGAUAUUUUGUUGAUCUUCGUCAGGUGUGCAACACUACGAUAGAACAAUCCUAUAUACAUGGAAAAGUAAUCUCCAAUCGCCUGGAGGUCGUAUUACAUUGAUAAAGACCACUCACUUAAACUUGCUGGUCUAUUCUAUAUCACUACUUAAGAUGCCCGUUGCAGUUGUUCAUAAGGUUGAAAGAUUGCGAAGAAAAUUCCUAUGGAGAAGGUUCUCCUUCAAUCAUAAUUUUCAUAUGUUAAGGUAGGUGUCGGUAUGUUGGCCAAGGGCCAUUGGUGGGCUCGACAUAAGGAGGCUCAUGAUGUUAAUAUAGCAACUGGAAACAAAGUGGUAUAACCAUUAUGGAAAGGGAGUGACCAUAUGUGGAGAAGAAUUGUUGGACACGAGUAUGGAUCAAUGAACAAAUUGUUGGAUCCUUAAAUCUACAAACCUUGGGAACAAAGUCACGAGUAUUUGAACAUGAAUUUCCUUGCCUGAGUUUGUUCAGGUUCUAGAUCAAAACACUAUCUUUGUGGUUCUUUUCUCAAUGUUAGUUGUAGGCUAAGCAAGACAGGCUUCAACUUUACUGGGAAGCCUAUCCCCAUGCUUAUAUUUACCUAUACAUCGACUUUAUUGAAAUUGUCCAUGAGCCUUUUGACCUUUCAUUGCUCAUCAAUCUUCUAAAAGAAAGCCUAGUAACAAGUUGAAUCUUUUUUUUUUUUGGUUAAUCUCCAUCUGGUUGAGUAUUCCACUGUUAUUAUUUAAAUUUUGCAUCAGAUUCUAUGUAUCUGACUAAUUAUACAGCGUGCUGACCUCUCCCUCUCUAUACAGCAUGCUGACCUCUCUCUUUCUCUCUCUCAAAACCAGGGCAAGUUCUCUUGUCAAGUGAAGUUAUCAAAAUUGUGGACAUUAUCUUUGGUGGUGAGAUGAGGAAAGGCUUGCAUCCACAGAUGCAAAGGAUUUCAUAUAUGACACAGUGUUGAGGUUGAUCCAAGUUAUGAUGACAAAGAUACAUAACACUGGUAAAGUCUACUACUUCAGGGCAAGGCGUCAGAUGGCUCAAAGUGUGGGCCAAAUUGCAAAGUUCCAAGAUGCAUUAUGACUCUAAGACCGAAGAGGCAGAAGAAAAGUGAGGUGCACCAGGAAUGGGUUAAAGGUAUAGGUGGUCCGGGGAGCGGGUGCCACAAUGGGACAUCUAGAUUCCAUUCCUACCACAGGUAAGGGACCUUUCUCUGCUGAACUAUCUAAAAAAAAGGGGGUUCGACAAUGGAAAUUCCCAUUUUUUUCUUUGAUGGAGGGCAAUCAUUUCAACUUACCUUCAAAUAUGCAUCAUUGUUGUGUGUGGUGGAGACUGAGGGUAUCUUUCAAUUUCCUAUUACUUAUCUUGUUCAGCUGAAGUUUGUGACAAAUUUAAAACGAAAAGAAACAGCUUAUGGGGUGCAAUGGUGAUGAAGCAUUUGUAAACAUCUAUUCAUGUAAUUCAACUGUAACAGAAUUGGCCAUGGCUGGUGAUCUAUUCACAGCACGCAAUGUGUUUGAUAAAAUGACUCAAAGAGACACAGUGUCGUGGAAUUGUAUGAUGUCUGGUUAUUCGCGAAAUGGCCACUAUGAAGAAGCUCUGAGACUUCUUUCUAGAUUCUUAAGUGAGAACUUAAGACCCAAUGAAAGAACUUUCUCAAUUGCGUUAUCAAGUUGUGCAGAUACAAGAGCUCUAAUUCAGGGUAAGCAAAUUCAUGGGCUACUGAUAAAGACUGGUUUUUGUGGAUAUGUUUAUGUGGGUACUUCUCUGAUCACCUUUUAUUCUAAGUGCAGAGAUCCAGGUUCUUUAAUGGAGAUUUUUAAUGGUAUAACUCAAUGUAAUUUGGCCUCGUGGAAUGCUCUUCUUUCUGGGUUUGCAUCAAACUUUUGGAUCAGUGAAGCUCGAUGGGUCUUUGAUCACAUGCCAUUAAAAAAUGUGGUGUCAUGGACUUCUAUGAUUAAUGGGUAUGUUGAGAUGAAGAAAAUUAAUGAAGCAUAUAGAUUGUUUCGUUCCAUGGCUGAGCGAAAUUCAGUUACAUGGGCUGUUAUGAUAUCUGGUUUUGUUAAUGAUGGGCAAUAUGAAAGGGGACUAACACUAUUUGUUGAUAUGAUGGCUUGUAUAAAAGAUUUCAGAGCCAUUAAACGUAUGGUUAUUAGUGCUUUCAAUGCUUGUGCAGGUAUAAAAUUUGUUAAUUUGGGUAUGGCAAUUCAUGGAUUUAUUUUGAAAAUUGGUUUGGAUUUUGAUGAGAUUCUGCAGUCUUCCAUUAUAACCUUUUAUGCGAAGUGUAUGCCUAUUGAGGAAGCAAGAGUUGAGUUUGAAAAGAUGCAGGUUCAGUCCAUUGGGUCUUGGAAUGCCAUUAUCAGUGGAUAUGUAAACAACAAUAGAAUAGAAGAGGCAUGGGAAUUGUUUAAUGACAUGCCUGAACCAGAUUCGAUAUCAUGGGACAUUUUGAUUAAUGGCUAUGCUAAGAAAGGAUUAAUGGAAAAAGCCAUCUUUUUAUUUGAGAGGAUGCCUGAACCCACUGUUAUAACUUGGACUUCUUUGAUCUCAGGUAUGAUAGAGAAUAAGUGUAUCGAUGAUGCAAAAAGAUUUUUUGAGAGGAUGCCUGAAAGGGAUACAGUUUCUUUUACGGUUAUGAUCAAUGGGUUGGUACGAGAGGGAAAGAUUGAAGAAGCUGAAGAUUUCUUCAAAAGAAUGCCUGAGAAAAAUGCCAUUGCUUACAAUGUCAUGAUCGAUGGUUUUGCUCGUCAUGGUAGAUUGGUAGAGGCUCGGAAGCUCUUUGAAGAAGUGAAAGAACCUGAUAUCUUGUCUUGGGCUUCAAUGAUUGGUGGGUACAUGAAUUUGGGGCAUUAUGAGUGUGCAUUGGAGCUUUAUAACCGAAUGAUUUUUACUGGCUUAUGCCCCAACGAAUCUAUUUUAACCAGUAUUUUGACUGCUUGUGCAAGUUUGGCUCUACUAAAAUUUGGCCAUGAAGUUCAUGUUCUAAGUAUCAAAAUCGGGUUACAAUCAUACUCGAUAGUCGCUAAUUCGCUGAUUAAUAUGUAUUCUAAAUGUGGGGAUAUAGUGACUGCAGAGUCAAUAUUUAAUAAAAUGGAAAACCGAGAUUUGGUAACUUGGAAUGCUUUGAUAAGUGGAUAUUCAGUGAAUGGGAAUGCUCAAAAGGCCAUUGUAGCUUUUGAAAAGCUUGUAUCCAUGGAGAUAAAACCAGACUCUGUGACUUUUCUUAGUCUUUUGUUGGCUUGCAGCCAUGCAGGUCUGGCAAAACAAUCUUGGAACUACUUUAGCAUUAUGAGCUCUAUUUAUGGAAUUAAGCCUGAGAAAAGCCAUUAUGGAUGUAUGGUUGAUCUUCUCUCUCGUUUAGGAUUGGUUGUAGAAGCAGAGAAGUUGGUUUCAUCCAUGCCUUUUGAACCCGACUCUGUUAUUUGGACCUCGCUGCUUAACGGCUGCAAAGCAAAACCCAAUUUUGAUAUAGCCCAAAGAGCAGCUAACAAGCUAAUAAAGGCAAACUCUCGAGACCCAAGCCCAUAUUUGCAGCUCAUAAGCAUUCAUGGAUCGGAACGUAGAUGGGUCCAUGCUGAAAAUGUAAGUGAUAAUAUGGAAAAAAAGAAGGUUCGAAAGAGACCUGGGUGCAGCUGGAUCGAGAUCAAUGGUGAGAUGCACCAUUUCUAUGCUUCUGAUCAGUCGCAUCCAUUGAAUCAAGAAUUGCAGACCCAUUUGAGAACACUCAUAUCUGAUAUAAAAAAGCUGGGUUAUGUUCCAAACUGCAGUCUGGUGAUGCAAGAUUUGGAGGAUCAAGAGAAGGAGGAGGUCCUUAUUCAGCAUAGCGAGAAGCUCGCUAUUGCUUUGGGGCUUCUCAAACAGGCAAAUUCAAAGCCUAUUAGGGUAAUUAAGAACCUUCGGGUUUGUGUUGAUUGCCACACAGCAAUUAAGCUUAUUUCAUUGAGCAGUGGGCGUGAGAUUAUCAUGAGGGAUGCACUUAGGUUUCAUCAUUUCAAGGAUGGAUCUUGCUCAUGCUCUGAUUACUGGUGAUACAUAACUCAUAUUCCUUCAGUUGUAUAUUGGGGUUUAAGUUCUUAGCCCAGGCUCUUCAAAAGCAUCAUAGUGUAUAUACUAUAUCAGCUUACAAUCUGAAUGAUUUUCA